AACUCAGCAUCAAAUUGAGUACGGAUAACGACGGAUAAAGUUAUUAGAAAACAAAAAACACUAAACAAUCAAAAAAAAGAAAAACAAUUAAACAAAUAAUAAUGAAGUGAAAAAAAACACAAAAAUAUAAAAAAAAAUAUUGAAAAAAUUUACAAAACUCAAAAAAGAGAAAACAUUAAAAUUUCAUCAAAAACGGCUGUGUUUUGUGGUGCUUAAUUUUCAAAAUGAAACUGAAAUAUCAAUCCUUGGUGUGUGGUCUACUAGUUCUACUUUUAACGGACUAUGGCUAUGCCUCGACAAAAUCAGCCAAUACCAAAGAUGCAACAGCAGCAGCUGCUACAGUUAGCAAAGCAAUCGACAAGCUGUCAUAUCCCAAAAAGGUCAGCACAUUAAAGAAACGUCCCCCCAAAUCAUCAUUGAAGAAGGUGGCUGAUAUAACAGACAAGUUUAAAGAUUUGCCUGCCGAGGACUUGGCCUUUAUCAAAGAAUUAGACAAACAGUUUAGACAACAUGGUGGCAAGGUGAAAAUCAAGGUGGAAAAUGAUAAUGCAACUUUAAAUACAAAGAACAGCAAGAGAACAAUUGAUGGAGAAUUGGGUUACGGCUACUCUCAUAAUGGUUAUGAUUAUAGUCCACCAAAAUACUCCUUCUAUCCUUACUCUCAAAAUGACAUACCCAGCAAUGCGCCGAAAUACUAUCUACCAAAAACGGAAGUAUCUGUGGAGCCUUCCUACUCAUAUGAGCUCAAACCAGAAACAUAUAUAACACAUAAUGGUGGUCAUGGUGGUGGUAUUGGUGCACAAGCUGAUCUGCCACACCCCGAAUUAAAUUCACCACACCAACAUCAUCAGCAGCACCAACAAGUCGAACCACAACAACAACAAUAUGAGGAACCAGUUAUAGUGUUACGCAUACCUGGUCCAGCCAAAUAUGCUUCCCAUUUGCAAAUGUUGCUGCAACAAUAUUUGGAAAUUAGAGCUACCCAAUAUUUGCGUAUCCUAGAAGAGGCCGAACAUCGUAAUCAUCACCAACAUUUGGAGCAACAGCAGCAGCAUCAACAGCCAGAAUUGCAGCAAAUAGAAUAUGGUCAUGCAGGGUCUGUAGAACAAGUGGAACAACAACAACACCAAGUGCAGCCUGAGAGUCCUGCCAUAGAACAACAUCAUUAUUCACAACAACAACAAUAUGAGCCACAGCCACAAUAUGAGCAACAACCCCAAUAUCCUGACAUUGAUGAUGUCUAUCAGCAUUAUAAACAUCGGCAUCCCUCACAUCCUGAACAGGCCCAACAACCAGAACAGCCAGAGCAGUCAUAUUAUGCUCCCGAUCACCAGGUAGCAGAGCAACCACAACAACAUUAUGCUGUUCCAGAAGCACCACAACAACAUCAACAACAAACACCACAGUUCUAUUAUACCCACCAGCAAGAAUAUGCUCAACCCGAAGGACCUCCCGCCAAUACCUAUCAACAUGUAUUUCUGAUCUCAAUGGCAGUUCCAGCUCACACGGGCUACGAAGCUACACACGCCCAAACACCUCAACAAGACAACCAAGACACCUAUGUGCAUGAACCCUCAGCGACGGGAGGAGUUGAGGAACACAACUCCCUGCCUAUUAGUGAAAAUAAUCCCCGAGCUUCACAUACCAAAGUCAUAUUUUCUCAAAAUGCAGAACAUGCAGGUGCUGACUACUCGAAUGGUUAUCCAUUGCCCUCCAUUAAGCCCAACGAAAGACGUCCUCCUCAUUCGAUACCCAAUUAUCAUCAGGAUUAUCAAGAGCAAAUAUACUCGCAUCAAGCAGUGCAGCAAGAGCCCCAGGAAUCAGCCAAAUAUUAUCAACAGCAUGAGGCCGCUGCACCGGGUAAACAUCAGCAAGUGAUGGCUGCAACCCAAAAACCCUUCAACUACCAUGCUCACGCCAUUAAAAGCCGAGCUCGUGGACGAAUUUCCCAUAAGCGAAGAGCCACUGACACAACUGUCCCUAAUAACGAUGAGGGCUUACAAAAGAUCAAUGACUAUGUCAGGGAUAAAUUGGGUGCUCAAACAGGAACGACUUCAGAAUUCAAAACCACACGAGUGAUAAAUCCCUAAGGGAGUAGAAAAAGAAGGCAGUAUGAGAAAAGAGCUCUAAUGCUCACAUGGUCUCAGCUAUUGCAAAACAAAAAAAUAUGGUACUGAUUUUUGUUUAUAACUCAUUAAUUAUUAAAUCAAUUGUUAUAUGUAUGUAUAAAUAAUUGGCUAAGCAUUCAUUUUCAUAUCAUUCUUAUAGAUCAAACUCAUUUUGUUAUCUCCAUUUGUUAGAACUUUAGAUUUUUUUCAUCCACAAA